GACCUGAGAAAAAUCACAGAACUUCUCCGUCAAACAGACACCUGGCUCCGAACCCGAAGGGAAGGCCGGCAGGGAAGCAGCUUCUGAAGAUCAACCGCCGCUGUCGGUGAAAGACCCGCUCUCAGCAUGAUGUGGAAAAGCACAGCGCUCGCAGUGUGUCUGCUGCUGGCUGGAGUACAGGCGCUGGACGGCCCCUCGUACGGAGUCAAGUUGUGCGGCCGGGAGUUCAUCCGCGCUGUCAUCUUCACCUGCGGAGGCUCUCGGUGGAAGCGCUCCUUGACUAACACGGAUGAAAUCCUGGACUUAUUCAGCUCAUAUGACAGCAGCGCUGCAGACGGUGCCGUGCUGUACGGUGCUGCACCGUCCUCCCAGCAUGCCCCUGACUCAGAUCUUCCGGCGCUGACCCAAGGGGAACAGGAAGGUGGUGUGUUCAGCAGGCCCGCGCGCUCUCUCAUUUCUCAGGAGGUGCUCGAAGCGCUGCGUACCGUGGACAGAAAGGGACGUGACGUAGUGGUGGGACUGUCCAACGCCUGCUGCAAGUGGGGCUGCAGCAAAGGAGAAAUCAGCUCGCUUUGCUGAGAAACUGGCCUUCUCUACAGCACGAGUGAAUAAAAAAGCGUGCACGUGUGCUUCUCCAACCUGUCCCGUAUUUCAUUUCCUCCAUAUUUUGUGCUCGAGACUUGUUCGUGGUUUGCAUUGAACUCCCACGCAUUUUGCACUUAAUUUAAAUAAAGAUUUUAUAAAGUUUGAUGUUGUAAAGUCAUAAGUUGGGCUACUUUUUGUAUUCGAUUCAGUGUAUUCGCUUUUUAAUCUUUAUCUGGAGUAUAUUUCUCUCUUGAAUAAAGAUGGUUUGCAUUAAUCGCUAAUGAA